AUGUGGAUUGACGGCGUGGAGUCGACAGCCGGGGCAGUGGAGGUUAUGCGGAUGGUUGGUUGGACUGGCUGGCUGUUGAUGCGGAGCGGCAAUGGCAGUGCAGGUGAAUGCGGCCCCUGUGCUCUGCGAAGUGAAGGGCCCUGCGACAUACACAUGAGAGCCAGAGGUGAGAGCGAGGAGAGAGGCCGGGCACAGACGGUGGCUCAGCUGCGGACGGUCGCCCAAGCAAUGUUCAACUGUGGUUAA